AUGAAUCGUAGUUGGAUGACAGCCAAUCGAUUAAGUUUCGAGUACGAACAAGGAGUGAUGGAAUUUCUAGAGCUUGCUGAAAGUAAUGCUAAAAAAAAUCUUGCUCCUCCUAAGAGUGAUGCUGAAAAAAGUCUUCAUCUGCUUUUUCUCUGUCCAUGUGUUCGUUGUGCAAAUCACGAACCAAAACUCAAUAAGAAAGAAAUCAUGGAUCAUCUAAUUUGUCAUGGAAUUUGUCAAAGUUGUACACAAUGGAUAUGGCACGGUGAGGUAGUAGCAAAGUCAAAUGUGUCCCAAAGAGAUAAUGUUAGUGCAGAAAUGGAUGAUCGUCUGGAAGACAUGAUGCGUGAUAUUGGACAAGAUUCGUUUAAGAAGGCGCAUGUGUAUGAUACUUUAUGCAGUGACAAGGAUAAACCUUUGUAUCCAGGAUGCACAAAUUUUACACGUUUGUCAUCCGUAUUAAAAUUGUUUAAUUUGAAGGCAAAUAAUGGGUGGACUGACAAAAGUUUUACCGAAUUGCUUGAAUUGUUAACACAGAUGCUUCCAGAAGGUAACGUAAUGCCAAAUCGUUAUUACGAGGCAAAAAAGAUAUUGUGUCCGAUGGGUUUGGAGUAUGAAAAGAUACAUGCAUGCCCUAAUGAUUGCAUACUAUACAGAAAAGAGUAUGUAAACUAUAAUCAUUGUCUGAAGUGCAAGGCAUCACGCUACAAAAAGAAAGCUGGUGAUUCUAGUGAUGAUGAGGCGGUAAAAAAGGUUCGUCCCUCGAAAGUGGUAUGGUACCUACCAAUAAUUUCAAGGUUCAAGAGACUAUUCACUAAUGCAAAUGACGCAAAGAAUCUUAGAUGGCAUGCAGAAGAAAGAAAGUGUGAUGGAAAAAUUCGCCAUGUAGCUGAUUCUUUACAAUGGAAGAAAAUAGAUGUUUUAUUUCCAAAAUUUGGCAAAGAGUCGAGAAACCUUAGACUUGGACUUUCAACUGAUGGAAUGAAUCCGUUUGGUAAUCUAAGUACUAACCAUACUUGUUGGCCUGUUCUCCUGAUGAUCUACAACCUAUCUCCUAGGUUGUGCAUGAAGCGUAAAUAUAUUAUGUUAUCGAUGAUGAUUUCGGGCCCAAAACAACCCGGAAAUGACAUAGAUGUUUAUCUAAGUCCUCUGAUUGAUGCUUUAAAAGUGUUGUGGGAGGAAGGGGUGGAUGUUUUUGAUGUGUAUUCUGGUGAACAGUUCAAUAUGCGCGCCAUGUUGUUUUGCACCAUCAACGAUUUUCCGGCAUAUGGCAAUUUGUCUGGUUAUAAAGUUAAAGGGCAUAGAGCAUGUCCUAUAUGUGAAAAAGACACACGUUACCAUCAACUUGUAAAAGAAAAGAAGACUGUUUAUCUCGGGCAUCGAAAAUUUCUAGAUCGUUAUCAUCCAUAUCGUAGAUUGCGGAAAGCUUUCAAUGGGGAACAAGAGCAUGGUGUUGCUCCAAAGCCCUUAACUGGAGAGGAAGUUUAUCAACGACAACAAGGCAUUAAUGUCGUCUUCGGAAAAUAUCAAAAGCAAUCUACUGUGAAAAAUAUAUGGAAAAAGAGGUCGAUUUUCUUCAAUCUUCCAUAUUGGUCUAGUCUUGAUGUAAGACAUUGUAUUGAUAUGAUGCACGUGGAGAAAAAUAUAUGUGAUAGUUUAAUCGGAACACUUCUUAACAUUCAAGGCAAGAAAAAAGAUGGUUAUAAUGCUUGUCUGGAUUUGAGUUUGAUGGGUAUACGAGAAGAGUUAACUACAUAA